UUUCUUCAGAUUUUGCUUCUGUUGAUUUAUUUUCAUAUAUUUAAAAAGAAAAAGUUUGUACAACGGAUGCAACAAAUGAAAACAUUGUCUCCUGCAGCAUAUGAAUGGUUAAAUGAAUUUCCUUUGGAAAAAUGGACAAUGUAUAAGGAUGGUGGUCGUAGAUGGGGUGCCAUGACGACAAAUGUGUCUGAGUCAUAUAAUGAUUUAUUGAAAAAAGCUCGGGGGCUUCCUAUGACUGCCAUGGUUCGAAUGACGUUCAAAGCUCUCGUUGAUCGUUUUGUCGAAAGAAACAAGCUUGCAAUUGCAUUACUUUAAAAUAAUAUGACAUGACCUCUUGCGAUAGAUAAAAAAUUUAAUGAUUAUUAUCAAAGCGCUCAAGGGCACAUAGAUAUGAUGACUUACAACACUGGUGAUGGAGUUUUUGAAAUUCUUACUUUUGCUCAUGAUGGUAAAGGUGGAAAUGUCCACAAGGUUACUGCAAAAGGUAAGAAAUGUUCUUGUGAAAAAUGGAGAAAUUAUCAUAUGCCUUGCUCGCAUACCAUCAAAUUUUGUGGACUUCGCGAAAUCAAGUCAAAAUAUGUAAGUAAAUUCUAA